CCGAGCGCUCGGCGCGCUGGAGGUUUUGUACUUCGCCUCGGCUUUGUUACGUCGUCGUCUGCUCACCUGGCGGCCGGUGCGUUCUGGCAGCUGCAGUGCGGAGCGGCUGCUGACCGCCGCCUCCUCCGCCGCUGCCGCCAUGGUGUCCCCGGUUACUGUGGUGAAGAGUGAGGGACCCAAAUUGGUACCCUUCUUCAAGGCUACGUGCGUGUAUUUUGUGCUCUGGUUGCCGUCAUCCAGCCCAUCAUGGGUCAGCGCCCUUAUCAAGUGCCUGCCUAUCUUCUGCCUCUGGCUCUUCCUUCUGGCCCAUGGCCUUGGAUUCCUGCUGGCCCACCCCAGUGCCACUCUCAUCUUUGUGGGGCUCGUCUUCUCUGCUGUAGGUGAUGCCUUCCUCAUCUGGCAGGACCAGGGCUACUUUGUGCACGGUCUGCUGAUGUUUGCUGUCACACACAUGCUCUACGCCUCAGCCUUUGGCAUGCGGCCACUGGCUCUCCGGACAGGUCUGGUGAUGGGAGUGCUCUCAGGCCUGUGCUAUGCCCUCCUUUAUCCAGGCCUCUCAGGUGCCUUCACCUACCUGGUGGGGGUCUAUGUGGCCCUCAUCAGUUUCAUGGGCUGGCGAGCUGUGGCAGGGCUGCAGCUGGUUGGGGCAGCCUGGCGCUGGACUGAGCUGGCGGCUAGCUGUGGUGCACUGCUUUUUAUCAUCUCAGACCUGACCAUCGCUCUCAACAAGUUCUGCUUUCCUGUGCCCUACUCUCGGGCACUCAUCAUGUCCACCUACUAUGCUGCUCAGAUGCUCAUCGCCCUGUCAGCUGUCGAGAGUCGUGAGCCAGUGGAAGACUAUAGACUGAACAAGGCCAACUGAGGGGCAAGGGUUUGCUUGCCUCUCUCUCCUGGGGCUGGGGUCCAGACCCUAGGAACCUGCAGGAAUUGAAUCAGGAUGGCUGCAGUGCCAGCCUGGGAUAGCAGGUACCUCUUGGGGAACUGACAAGUUUGAGGAGGGGGUAUGCAGGAGAAGGAUUCCCUAGCAAAGCUUGUGGUCCAGGACAAUACCAAGAGUUCAAAGAGGCAGCCUCAUGCCCCUUGCUGGAGCCAGAAGUAGAGAUUUCCCCACUUCUAUCCCAUCAGGACUGUCAAAGUCCCCUGGAGAGUGAUGGUGCUCAGCUUCUUGACUCCUCCCCUCUGUUUCUCUACUGGGUGGAAGAGUCACUGUAUCUCUGUGCCUAGGACCACUGGCAAUUCUGGGUUCCUCUACUCCCACCCUUUAUGUUCUGCACAGAGUUGAGGAAAAGGGGAAAAAAAUCUGUUGAGAUGACCAAGGAAGGGCCAGGACUUGAAGCCCCUUUCACAGGCUCCUAGUUGGGAAGAUUGGAUGAGGGUAGAGACUUCUUUUACCUUGUCUGACCUUGUUACUUGAACAGUCUCAGUCUUUAAGUGGUGAGUGGGAAGAUGAAGGGGUAUCUGUCUAGGGUAAACAUUAGAGGGAACUUCUUGGUCUGGGAAUUUGGGGGUAGCAAGGAUUAAAAUUGGCCUUAUCUCUCUUACUGGCUAGCUCAGAGCUCAGGCCCCCACACCACCACCCUCAGACUUUGUCCCUAGAGCUAGGGUGAACAAUGCCAAAGAAAGGGGCCAGCCUGUGUGUGUGUGUGUGUGUGUGUGUGUGUGUGUAUGUAUGUAUGCGUAUGUGUGUGUUUGUAUGUGUGUAUAGUCUGUCUCCUAGCCUGCCUAUGUCUUUUUCUACCAUAUGUCUUUGUCCUGCUAUCUGUAAAAGACUCAGAGGGAGAGGGUCUCAGAGAACUGCCUGAGUCUGGCUUAGAGAGCUGGGACCUCUCCCCUCAACACACCAACAAUGCUUUCCUCCCUGAGGGGGUUCCAAUGACAUUCUGGGGUCUAAGACUGAAGGUACAUUCAGUGCAAGGGAAGCAAGGAUGGGGCAACUCCAUCCUGUACUGCCUAUGUGAAAAUAAAAUAAAAUAAAACCAAGGACCAUUGGCUUUCCCACUUGUCUGCCUGUGUGGCAUAUGCCUGUCCUGGACAGGGUAGGGGCAUGAUGCCAAACACCCUGGCUGUCCUUAUGGUCUGGGUCACAGUCUUGGCUAGUGCAACCUGGCGUCAAGCUGGUUC